UUUUUUUUCGAUAGACGGGUCAUUCCACUGCACUUACUUGUCUGAAGAUGCUGUUCUACUGCUGCCGAUCGGAACGGGCUGGGAAGGGGAGAGCCGACUAAGAUUGUAUCAGAAUCUCGGCCGUCGUCAUCUUGAUCCCCGAAGAGAUUACCCAGGUUAAACUUCAGAGAAUACGCUAUGGUAGCUAACGACAAUAGGACGCAGAAUGACCAAAGAUGCAUACCUUACCACAGUUUCCAGUUGCGGACUGGAAGCAUUGGGACACGUUGUCGUAACUCCGAUUCCAUGACUGCUCAAACUGCAAUACCCUAUGGCACGCAGUUCUUUCAUUGCUUUGCCGUCACAUGUCGAAGCAGAGGCUACCGCUUGCACUAAAAGGCUCUCAAUGCAUUCUUCACAUCGACCUAGAUUGCUUCUAUUGUCAAGUAGAGCAAGUCAGACUUAAUUUACCGCCAGAUUUGCCAGUGGCUGUGCAGCAAUGGCAAGGGUUAAUAGCCGUUAAUUACCCAGCAAAGGCGGCAGGAAUUACAAGACAUAUGCCUAUAGAAGAAGCGUUCAAAAAGUGCCCAAAUUUGCGGCCCGUUCAUGUAGCCACAUUCAAUAUGCACGACCCUAUCGCCAAAUACAAUGACAAUCCAUCACAGCUCACACAUAAAGUUUCUCUCGAUAUUUAUCGAAAGGCCUCUCAAAAUAUAUUCAAGAUUUUUCAGAAAUACUGCAGCAAAGUACAGAAAGCUGGUCUUGAUGAAGCCUUCUUGGAUGUAACGGAUAUUGUCAAUGCUAGAUUAAUAGAAAAAUAUGGUUCCCUAUUUUCGGAAGACGCUACCGAAGAAUUCUCCAACGAGAUUGACUGGGAACCAUUGGGCUUCCUCGCUUUAAGCGAUGAAGAAUCAAGUCUGUUGAAUCCGACUUCCGUGGAAGGUGACGACGCCGUGAGCCACUUGAUUGCCUCUGAUCGAAGCCCACCUGCUCCUAAACUCAAAGGAAAUUGGAAAGACUUACAACUAUCCAUAGGCGCAGAAAUUGCCAAGGAAAUCAGAAAAGACAUAUUCGACACAUUGAAAUACACCUGCUCUGCUGGCAUAGCUCAUAAUAAAACAGUCGCCAAACUCUGCUCUGCCUUAAACAAGCCGAAUAAGCAAACAACCAUGAGAGAAACUAUCGUUUUGAAGUUUAUGAAAUCGAUUCCUUUCACCAAAAUACGAAACUUGGGAGGGAAGUUAGGGAAUGAAGUCGAGAACGCACUCAACAUUCAAACUGCCGGUGAUUUGUGGAAGUAUAGCAGCGAAGAAUUGCAAGCUAAAUUUGGUCAGAGUCAAGGUAUAUGGCUCUAUGAUAUCUGCCGCGGCAUAGACAAUAGCGAAGUCACCACGAUUAAGAUCACAAAAUCCAUGAUGGCAUCUAAAGUGUUCUCGCCACCACUUCGUUUGAUAUCUGAUGUAGAGCGUUGGAUGGCGGUCCUAGGAUCCGAAAUUUAUAUGCGGAUGAUGGAUGAUUUUGAAGAGCGAUCAAGAUGGCCAAAGACUCUAGUGAUCCAUUUUCGCUGUUCUGGUGAGGGUUCUGGCCGAUCAAAGUCAUGUCCCAUGGUUAAACGCUCAGAGGUCAUUUCUCCUGAUGUCAUAACGCAAAGAGCUAAUGAACUUUUUAAAACUUGCGAGCACCCUUUUCCGCUGUUACACAUGUCGUUGGCUGUUUCUGGCUUGACAGUGGAUGAAUCAUCUAGCACUCACAAUAUAACCAAGUUUUUCUCGAAUUCGGCGGAAGGAAAUUUCAAUCACAAGCUCGCUUUUCAGGAGACAACCACUGUAGACAUGAAAGCAAGCUCUAGCCGUUCUGCAAAAUAUGAAAAGGUGGAGAGUAACAAAAAAGGCAUUGCUGCUUUAUUCUUCUCCCGAAAAGAUACUAGUUCGACGGAUGCAGAGGAAGGAACUCGAUGUGAUGAAUGUGGCAACUGGAUUGCCAUAAAAGAUGUAGCAGAACAUGCUGAUUAUCACUUUGCUAAGAAACUUCAAGAUGAAGAUCGACACAACCAAAAUACUGCAGCCCAAUCAAAUUCUGUUCCGACUUCUAAGAAGCGGAAAGGUGUACCAAGCAACAAUGACACUCAAAAAGAAUCACGCCGGCUUUUCUUCCAACCUCGGCGAUCAUAGCACUAAUUCAUAAUUUUUUUUAAGUUUAUUUACCUAUUUGUUAAUAUCGAGACUCGUUUAGAAAAAAUGUACAUAAAACAUAGAGCGUACUAUUUCGUAUCA